CUGAUUACUACAACGAUUAGUUUUAAAGGAAGGCUAAUGAGUUGUUUGGGCUUAUCUGCUGACCAGUCCAGGCUAAAUGGCAGUCAAUUUCCUUUCAAGGUAAAUGGAUUCUGAAGGGCUAUGCACCCCAUUUGUUUAUGGGCACACGUCUCAGAAGUAGGCUCCCCCAGAAGCAGCAUCUCCAAGAGGCAAGUACUAUCAUGAUUUCCAUUUCAUAGAUGAGAAAACAGAAGCUCAGGGAGAUGAAGCUAGUUAACCGAAGUCACACAACUAGGAAAUGCGCUCAGAGCCAGCUGCUCCUUUCAAUAACGAAGAGAUUCCCUACAGGUACGUCAAGGCUCAGGGUGGCAAGACAAGCAAGGAGGUGAGGCAUGACAAAAGGUGGCUGUUCCUUUGAGGAGCACUACAGCAACUGUGGUUAUAGCGUGGCCCUGGGGACCAGUGGGUUUACCUGGGAGCAGAUUAACACAUGGGAGAAACCAAUGCUGGACCCAGCGGUGCCUACAGGAUCCUUCAUGAUGGUGAACAGCUCUGGGAGGGCCUCUGGCCAGAAGGCCCACCUUCUCCUGCCGACCCUGAAGGAGAAUGACACCCACUGCAUUGAUUUCCAUUACUACUUCUCCAGCCGCGACCGAUCCAGCCCAGGGGCCCUAAAUGUCUAUGUGAAGGUGAAUGGUGGACCCCAGGGAAACCCCGUCUGGAACGUGUCUGGGGUGGUCACCGAGGGCUGGGUGAAGGCAGAACUUGCCAUCAGCACCUUCUGGCCACAUUUCUACCAGGUGAUAUUUGAAUCCGUCUCUCUGAAGGGCCAUCCUGGCUACAUCGCUGUGGACGAGGUUCGGGUCCUUGCCCAUCCAUGCAGAAAAGCACCUCAUUUUCUGCGGCUCCAGAAUGUUGAAGUGAACGUGGGGCAGAACGCCACAUUUCAGUGCAUUGCUGGCGGAAAGUGGUCUCAGCAUGACAAGCUUUGGCUCCAGCAAUGGAAUGGAAGGGACACGGCCCUCAUGGUCACCCGUGUGGUCAACCACAGGCGUUUCUCGGCAACAGUCAGUGUGGCAGACACGACCCAGCGGAGUGUGAGCAAGUACCGCUGUGUGAUCCGCUCUGACGGUGGCUCUGGUGUGUCCAAUUAUGCCGAGUUGAUCGUGAAAGGCUGCAUAAUCCACGUGGAGGUCAAGGUGUCCAUGUCAUCUGGAGGGCCGGAUGGCUAA